AUGAGGCGGAAUGCACGAGGAGCCAAGGCACCAGGCCAAGCGAGUGACGGCAGUGGGGGUGAUACAAACAGAGGGUUUGGCGAGGAGCAGAGGGCCAUUCCGCAUGCAUCCAUCAUGGCUGUUGUACGGCCGCCUCCGAGAAGGAAGCUUCCCAUCGUGCGCUGCGUGGCGGAUGCAGAAUCUCUUGUGGAAGGAAUCAGCCAGGUUAUGAGUCCACCGGCGUGUGCCUACUGCGUUCAGUGCUUCCGCGAAUACUACCUCCUCAUCCCAUCCGUCGCCCUCAUCGCCAAGUACGCCUAUGGCCCCCUCUACAUCCUCUUCAACCGCUUCUUAUCCGUCUUCCCGCCACACUCGUACGGGUUCCACUCGCUUGUCAAGGACAUGGGGUUGCCGCCAUUUCCCUCCGGCCCGGCUUCGCCUAUCAACCUUGCAAUUCUGCGCAGUGAGGUAGAGAAGGAGCGCAUUGCCUUCCUGCUGCUCGUGGCCCUCAAGUGGCUGGCCUCCAUUCUGGAUCUGGAGCAGUAUGAUGGCAAAGAGCUGUUGGAAGGGGAUGGGAUUCGAGUGAAGAAGAAGGCUGCGACGGGGAGGAAGAAAGGGAAGGCUCAGAGAGGGAUGGGAAACGGAGGGGAGGAGGAGGAAGAGGAGGACGAUGGAGAGGUGUGGGAGGAGUUGGAGUUGUGGUGCUUCACAGCCCAGAGUGCUUGGCCAACCAGCCUGCGUCUCUCGUUGAGGGAUGCCGGUGUUGAAUCGGAGGGCUCGGGUCUGAGUAAUGUGUGCAUGGGCAGUGAGGGGCAGCAGGAGAGGGUGGACAUGGACACGCGGAUUGCUGAGAUGGUCAAAGCAGGUGCAGAGAAGAUGCGCUUAAAGAGGGUGCAGCUCCGCCAGGGUGGUGCUGUGGCGAGCACGAGCAGCAGCACUAGCAGCACUAGAAGUGGUGUAGUUGAAGGUGGCAAGUGCAAUGGGGGAAAUGGCAAGAAGGCGGAGCUGCCACCUUACCUAAAGGCAUGGCCUGGGGGGGUCAAUCUAGUGGCGUGUUUGCGAGAGAUGCUGCUGGGGGAGCCGUGCUACCGCCCUGCCUCCCCAGCUGCCCCGUCCGUCCCUCCUGCUGGUGUGAACACUACUGGUGCAGCGACAAGCACAGCUGCUUCUGCCCCUUCCUCCCUUGCUGCUCCAACAAUUGUUGCUCCAAACCCUGCUGUCUCGUCUACCCACCCACCUGUGCACACCCUUGCUACCACGCCAACCUAUGAUGCUUCUUCUCCCCAUGUCACCCUGACUACUGGUGCUGCAACAGGCACUGCAGAUAUUGCUGCACCCGUUGCAGAUGCAGACGCCUCUGCUCCCGAUGCUUGCAGGGAGAGUAGGCGUUGCAAAUUGCUGGGGCAUGGGAACUGCUGGGGCAUUGGGAACUGCUGGGGCAUUGGGAACUGCUGGGGCAUUGGGAACUGCUGGGGCAUUGGGAACUGCUGGGGCAUUGGGAACUGCUGGGGCAUUGGGAACUGCUGGGGCAUUGGGAACUGCUGGGGCAUUGGGAACUGCUGGGGCAUUGGGAACUGCUGGGGCAUUGGGAACUGCUGGGUCAUUGGCAAGGUGAGUGGCAUGGUGAGUGGCAUGGUGAGUGGCAAGGUGAGUGGAAUGGUGAGUGGAAUGGUGAGUGGAACGGUGUAG